GAGGCAACAUCCGGUAAUUUGGGCAUGGAUCGAUCCGGACCUCUCUGUUAGUAUUCGAAGGGACAGACCGUAUAUCUUUGUGGCCUUUUUGUACAAUUUGUGCAGCCUACAAAAGGCUUUAUCAGGGUUUAGCUCCUCUCUCCGUUUGUAUAUAUCUUCUCUAUGUGUAAUCCAUUUUGUUGAUGGAGAUUCUCUGCUCCACAAUCCCAUCCACUUCUCAUAUCUUUCCAAAGCUUUCAUUUUCAUGCUUUAAAUCAACCCAAAUAAACAAAACCCAUUUAAAAUUCAGCUCCAGAGUCUCCAGAAACGUCAAACUUUCACCCACUUUAGCUCUCUCAAAUUCCAAAAGAUUCAAAAUUUCAGCUCGUUUUGGGGGACCCACUAACAGAAGGAACUCUCUGAGGGAGAAACUCACUCAACACAAACAGGUGCGUGAUGAUUCCCUAAUUCUUGACUCAGGUUCUGAUGCUCAAAAACAAGUUCUUGAUUUUAAUGCUGAAAAUCUUGAUUCUAGUUUGGAUAGUGAUAGAGUAGAAAAUGAAGGUAGUGCUCAGUCUAGUAGAUUUAAAAAAGAAAGUUUUGAAAUUUAUGAUGAUUCUGUCUUAUCUAGUAAGUUGAGGAGAUGGGUUGAUCAGUAUGAGGCAGAUACUGAAUUUUGGGGAAUUGGGUCAGGCCGAAUAUUUACUGUUUUUCGAGAUUCUGAUGGUAAGGUUAAAAGGGUAGAUGUUAAUGAGGAAGAAAUUUUAAGGAGAAGUGGAUUUGACUCCGCCUUGUAUAAGGCGAGUGAGCUAGAGGACUUGAGUGAAGUGAAUUCGAAGAUUUCUCAUGCGAAAUCUUUAGCCACAGAGAUGGAGAAUGGGAAUAAUGUGCUCUUGGAGUAUAGUUCAGUGGCAAAGUUUGUAGAUGUUAGUGUGGAAUUAGGCUCUGUAAGUUCAAUACGGGGUUUUAACCCUCCACCUGGUUUGUUUUUUAAAAUGUCGAGAGUUGGAAUAGUGGCAUUAUGUGGUUUAUGUGUAUUUUGGGCCGUGAAGAGAUUGUUUAAGGGUGAUGCGGAUAAGACGGAGAAGGAAAUGUUGAGGAGAAAAAUGAAAGCUGGGAUGGAGAAAGAUGAAUUGGUCAAGGGUAAUGUUGAAGUCAUUCAGGCAUCGAAGAAAGUGGAAUUUCCAUCUAUUGAGAAACCUCGUCUUGAUAGACAAGUUGUAAUGGAUAAUAUUACAAAAGCAACGGCAUUAAAUAAUGCUGUAGGUUUGCAGACAUCAUCUAGUGUAGAGGCAGUUAAGUCUAGUGAUUUUGAUGAUAAAAUUCAGAAAAUUAAGGCAAUGGCGAGGCAUGCACGCGAACUUGAGAAAAAUGAUCAAGUUGGACUUGAUGGUACUGAUGGAGAAGAUGAUUCAAUCGUAAAUAAUGAGUUAUCCAGUGGAAAGAAAGUGAUCCAAGAGAAAAGAGAGAAGAAUUUUAGUUCUUCAAACCGUCCAAAUUAUGGAUAUGUAGGAAAUUCGAAAGAUGUUCGUAAAACCAUAAUUACCACACCUCUUGAUGAUCCACAGAGUAAUGGCUCCACUAUACGUGUCAAAACUUCAGUAGAGAACACCGAGGCCAUAAAACCUAGUAUUUCAGAAAUAGAUGUUCCAAAUGCUACUGAAAACAGGGUGAACAAAGAUAAGGUUGAUGACCUAAAAUCAUUUGACACCACUGAAACGAACAGCGCAUCACAUUCUAGUAACACUUACUUCAACGAGCCUGAUAAGAUUUCUGUCAAGGCAAAGCCAAAGGUGAUUAGGUCAGUUAAGGAGGCAAGAGAAUACCUUUCUAGAAAUCGUGAUAAAAAAGAGACAAGUGAGGAUAUACUGAGUGAAGCUCUUCCUCCUAAAGAUAGUUUAUCAAGUAAAAGCAGAAGUGAUGGAGAAACAAGCCAGCAACUUAAUAGGAAUCACAAUCUGCAUGGUAGUUCUAUUUUGAACUCGUCGGAUUUGAUGACUGAAAAAUUUGCUUCUCUAGAGCAAAGUUGUGAGUCUUUUCCUCUAAAAAAUGUUGAUCCUGAAGCUCCUGAAGAAUUGUUAGAAGCAGUUGAUCAUCAAAUCCCCAGGGUAUCCUCCUCUCCUGAAAACAGCAUGGAAAAAGGACAAUCUGGUAUAAAUGUUUCGAUAGAUAGAGAUUUGGAGAGGCAAAGAAGCCAGGAUCCACGUAAGGACAUGUCGGUUCAUACUUCUGAUUUGGAUGCAAAAUCAGAUUUUACACCCUCCCAAACUGCUUGUGAAGCUGAUCUGAAUGCAGAGAAAACUAUCCCAACUGAGAAUACUGCGCAAGAAAUUGUUAAGGAAAUUCAACAUCAAAUACCCGACUCAAAUGACGUGGCAGCACCAGCAGCUACGAAUGGCAACUGGAUGGAGAAUAAUUUUCAUGAUUUUGAGCCUGUAGCUAAGAAGAUUGCAGUUGGAUUUAAGGAUAAUUACGAUAUUGCCAGGCAGAAAAAGAUAAAUCAAGAAUUAAAUCAUGAUUCAGAGAAUAGAGUACCCGAGUAUGAUGAAGGUGAUGGUGAACUUGACUGGAUGACAGAUGAUAGGCUUAGAGAAAUCGUGUUUCAAGUCCGAGAAAAUGAGUUGAUGGGACGGGAUCCCUUUCAUUUGAUGGAUGCUGAAGAUAAGAAGGCCUUCUUUGGUGGUCUUGAGAAAAAGGUCGAGAAAGUAAAUGAAAAGCUACAAAACCUUCAUCAGUGGGUCCAUUCAAAUGUUGAAAACCUUGAUUAUGGAGCAGACGGCAUUAGCAUACAUGAUCCUCCAGAGAAAGUUAUUCCGCGCUGGAAAGGUCCGCCAGUAGAUACUACUCCUCAGUCUCUUGACGACUAUCAGAAACAGAGACAGGCACUUCUUAAUGAGAACUUAAGAGGUCAGUUUAUUGAAAAAAGAGAAGUCCAAAGUCCCCUUCAAGCGUCACCAGAAUCCUCGCCACAUGAAAGUAAUGUCACUUCAUCAGUUAUUAAUAAUCAAAACAAAAUUAAUCAGGAUGAGCUUGUGAAACCUCCAAAGAUCAUUAUAGAGGGUAGUGAUGGUUCGGUUAGGGCUGGUAAAAAAGCUGGAGAAGAGUACUGGGAGCACACAAAAAAGUGGUCGCGAGGUUUCUUGGAUUCUUACAAUGCAGAGACAGAUCCAGAAAUUAAAGCUACUAUGAAGGAUAUAGGAAAGGACUUAAAAAGAUGGAUAACUGAGAAAGAGAUACAGGAGUCUGCAGAUUUGAUGGAUAAAUUACCUAAAAGAGGACAGAAAUUUAUCCAGGAGAAACUUAGCAAGGUCAAAAGAGAGAUGGAGUUGUAUGGACCACAAGCUGUUAUGAACAAGUACAGUGAAUAUUCAGAAGAAAAAGAAGAAGAUUAUUUGUGGUGGCUAGAUCUUCCAUAUGUUUUGUGUAUAGAGUUAUAUACAAACCAGGAUGGGGACCAAAACAUAGGGUUUUAUUCCUUAGAGAUGGCGAGUGAUCUUGAAUUGGACCCAAAGCAGUAUCACAUGAUUGCUUUUGAGGAUGCUGGUGAUUGCAAGAACAUGUGCUACAUCAUACAGAGUCAUCUGGAAAUGCUUGGAAAUGGCAAUGCCUUCGUUAUUGCACAGCAACCCAAGGAUGCUUAUCGGGAAGCCAGAGCAAAUGGUUUUAAUGUAACCGUCGUCAGAAAGGGGGAGCUCAAGCUCAAUGUGGACCAAAACCUGGAAGAGGUGGAGGAACAAAUAAUUGAGAUUGGAAGCAAAAUGUAUCAUGAUAAAAUCAUGAAGGGACGGUCUAUGGAUAUAAGCUCAUUAACUAAGAGUGUGUUCGGCAUUAAAAAACCAAAGAAGAGAAGGUCAAAGAAGAGGUUGCGGAAGCCAACGAAGUCCUGAAUGGUCAGCUAACAGAAUUUGGAAACUGCAUAAUGCAUAAAGCCUUGGCUAUCUCUUAUGUCACCGCCACCACAGGAUGGCCAUUGGCCCUGGUUCUUUACAGCAUCAUCAGUAUCAAGCGCAAACCAUUCCACACCGUCUUCCUCCUCGGUCAUAUUGUUUGUUCUUGCAAGUUGCAAAUUGGCCAUGUACCUCGCAGGGUUGGGGUUCCGGAGUAUCAGAGUUGUUUUUAAUCAGCAGAACUUCUUACAUUUUAUCUGGCUCUAUUAUAGGAUUAGCAGACACUAGGCAAUCUGACCAGCUUUCCAAAUUUGCAAAUCUUUACACUUGAAAGGAAUAGACUACAUAUAUCCGUCAUCAGUGUUUUCUGUUAAUUCUUGCUACAAGGGCAACUCCAACAACGGCCUAAAGGUCCAAAUUUACACUAAUUCCGGCCUAAAUCUUUCCAACAAUGGCCUAAAUCUCGGUCCAAAUUUAGGCCACUGUUGGAAAGAUGUAGUUUGUUGUCUUGUUUUGUAAGUGUUGCAGAGCAGCAGCAACAUUUGUGAAGACAGAUUCUAUCAGUAAAUUCUAUACUAUUGAGUUC